AUGGAAGGGUUUUUCUGGAAGACCUUGCUGCUGGUUGGGGCUCUCUCAGCCUCUGGGGACUCUGCACCAUCACAGAGUCCGCUGUCCUUUGAAGCGGCCGUGGAACAGGGAGUGGUCAUCUACAACAGCAAAGCUGAGGGAGAUACCCUCUACCGUCUCCUGGAGGCUGCUCCUCAACCUGAUUGGGAUCCCAAUUCUGAUGGGACCCAAGAGUUGAAGUUCACCAUCAAGGAGACGGUCUGUCGACCAGAAGGAGAAGUUUCCUUGGAUAAAUGUGACUUCAAAGAAGACGGGGUGGUCAGAGAAUGCACAGGCGAAUUCUUCCUUGGGGAGAAGCCCCCAGUGGCUGUGGUCACCUGUGAAGCCGUGGAGGAAAUAGAGGAAGAAGAAGAAGAGGAGAAGGCGGAGGAGGGGGAGGAGAAGGAGGAGGAGAAGAACCAGGAGGAGGAAGAGGAGGAGGACGAGCCCGAACGUUUGAAGAAAUUAAGGAAGAAGAUCAAGAAGGGUUUCGGGAAGAUCAGGAAGGGUUUUGGGAAGAUCAAGAAGGAUUUCGGGAGGAUCAGGAAGGGUUCCAGGAGGAUCAGGAAACUCGGGGAGAAAAUCGGGAAGCUGUAUGGAAUUCUGCAACUUUCAAACAAGGUCCCUUCAGGAAAAACCGCACGAUGA